ACUCCAAUUUGGAUCGCUAUUCCAGAGACAGAAGCUUCUUCCACGGAGACAAGUACACAAGCAAGAUGGGUUCAAAACACUUCAUAAACGACCCGACCCAUCUGGUUAACAGCGCUCUAGAGAGUAUAACUCUCACAAACCCCAACACCGCCUACGAUUCCAAGAACAAGAUAGUCUACCUCCGUCCUGACGCAGCAAAACCUCAAGUCUCCAUUGUUUCUGGCGGAGGAUCCGGCCAUGAACCUUCCUUCGCAGCUUUCGUUGGUCCAGGUCUGCUGAGUGGUGCUGUUGCAGGGACGAUUUUCGCUAGUCCCUCGGCCGAGCAGGUGAGGCGAUGUAUCCUGGAGCGGGUGGAGACGAGUAAGGGCGCGUUGGUUGUGGUUAUGAAUUAUACGGGCGAUGUAUUGAACUUCGGUAUGGCCGUAGAGAAGGCGAAAGCCGCCGGUCUAGACGUCCGAAUGGUGGUAAUGGGCGAUGAUGCUGGUGUGGGUAGGGCGCAAGGCGGAAAGGUUGGACGUAGGGGUAUCGCUGGCACGGUGUUCAUCCACAAGAUCGCCGGUGCGCUUGCUGCCACAGGAGCAAGUCUGGACGAUGUUGAGAAGGUUGCCAAGGCGGUGGCAGAGAACACCGUCUCGAUUGGCUCUUCCUUGAGCCACGUACAUGUUCCUGGACGAGAUGUCUCGAGCGAGGAGGAAGAGUCGCUGAAGAAGGACGAGAUCGAAAUUGGAAUGGGCAUCCACAAUGAGAAUGGUGCUGAAGUCACGAAGAACGAUCUGCCGACAACGGUCAAGACGAUGCUCAAGUACAUGCUUGACGCUGGCGACCAGGAUCGCGGCUUUCUCAAGGUCGACAAAUCCGACGAGACGGUGCUAUUGAUCAACAAUCUCGGUGGCGUUUCCGUGUUGGAGUUGGGCGGUAUCACGACGGAGGUCGUCAAGCAACUGGAGAAGGACCACGGAAUCAAGCCGGUACGGAUCCUCGCAGGGACGUUCAUGACCUCUUUGAAUGGCCUAGGAUUCUCGAUUUCUCUGCUCAAGGUCACGCAUCUGGCCGUCGGCUCAGUGCUAGAGCUAUUAGACGCUCCAUCGGAAGCUGCUGGGUGGUCAGCGGCUAUUAGCAGCAAGACAUGGUCGAACAAGCCCUCUCAGACACGAGAAACUGGAUCUGGCAACAAAAUUGAGAACAAGCCUUGCGGCAUAUCUCUAGACCCAUCGACCAAGACAGCGCUCGCGAAAGCUUUGGAUCGAGUCAUUGCUGCCGAGCCAGAUGUGACGAAAUAUGACACAGUCGUGGGUGACGGCGAUUGUGGUAUUGGUCUGAAGCGUGGUGCGGAGGGCAUCAAGAAGUAUCUGGACUCCGGCUCGGAACAGAAAGAUGCAGCACUGUUUGUCGAUGGCAUCGUUGAAGUCGUUGAGAGUGAUAUGGACGGGACUUCGGGCGCGCUUUAUGCCAUAUUCUUGAAUGCGGUCGCAUACGGACUGCGACAGCAAAGUGGAGGCAGCGGCGGCUCGGCAGAUGCCAAGGUAUGGGCGAAAGCGCUCGACACCGCCAUGGAGACUUUGGGCCAGUAUACGCAGGCAAAAGUGGGAGAUCGCACACUUGUGGAUGCUCUUGCGCCUUUUGUCGAGCAACUUAAUAGCACGUCAGAUGUACAGAAGGCUGCUCAGGCGGCGGACGAAGGAGCCAAGAAAACGAAGGGUAUGAAGGCCAAUCUGGGACGCACGGUGUAUGUCGGUGGCAGCGGCUACGAGGAGGUUCCAGAUCCUGGUGCUCAUGGCCUUGCGGAAUUCUUCAAAGGUCUCGCGGAGGCAUUGCGGUAA